AUGAAGAAAAAAGUCGAUGGAAAAACAGGGCAACCAAUUAUGGAAGAAUCUGAAACAAUGACAUAUUUAACUGUAUUGUAUUACAUACGAUCAAAGUUUUAUGGUUCAGCUACACUGUACUGUGACACAGCACUGAAAAAUUGUAAUGAUGAUCCGCAACUUUUACUCUUCCGGGCAAUUUGUCUUAUCUUUGACGGACAGUUCCCACUAGCAAUCAGAAUGUUUGAAGAGCAAAAGCAAAAUGAAGAUCUAAGAUUAGCAGUGCUGUAUGCACUGAAACAGGCACAUAACUCUACCAAAGUUCCAGAUAUUGAAGCUAUCCGAGAAAUUGAUAAAGAGAUUGAAACAAUGAGUGCAACAGCUAGCGAAGAGAAUAUGUUCAAUGCUGCAAUUAUAUGCCAUAUUUUUGGUAUGAACAGCAAAGCUUAUGAUCUAAUCGAAAAAGCUGUGAUAGCAGCACCAGACAGUGCUCAGACUAACUGCUUAAGAGGCUGGAUUUGGUUAUCAGAAAACAAGGAUACAAAAAUAAUAUUUGAUUUUUUUGAAAAUGCAUUAAAACAAGGUUAUCCUGACGCAUAUUUGGGUAAAGCUAAGCUGCUUGAGAGACGUCAUAAUAUUACCGAAGCAUGUCAGGUUUUAGCAUUACUAUUGAAUAAAAUGCCGUCUUUUUUGCCAGCCUUAAUUGAAUAUACCAAAACGUUGUUUACUAAUCGUGUCUGGGGCAAGAUUGAAGAACAGGUCCAGCGUAUUCUGAUUUUUCAGCCUGACUGCGUUCCAGCGCAUUUAAUACAAACUAUACAUGCUAUCGCAAUUGAAGGAAAACCAGAACUGAUCUGGAGCAGUCUUGAAGAACUGCAAAAAGUAAUUGCCUUUGUCGAGCCAUCAAAUGAUUGUCUUUAUUUUGAUGUCGCACAACUCUUGGCAAGAAUUUGUGAAAAUGGUGGAGAUCAUACAAAAUUGGCUAACAAAUUUUUGGAAAAAGCAAUAGAAAUUGACAGAAAACCGGAGUAUUUGGCUGAAAAAAUGCGUAUUUUGGUCUUGGAAAAGGAUGUUAAAGGAGCUCGAGCAAUUGCAAUGGAAGUGCUACAAAUGGAACCACCGCCGCUGGCUUUGUUGGGACUGGUUAAGUGUCUUAUCCAUGAAGAUCGAAUCUCGGAAGCCAUUUCACAAAUGCAGUUUGUAACGGCAUCACAUCCAAAAAUUGUUGAAGAUAGUAAUCAAACUUUUGGUAUAGACUAUAUUCGAGAACUUGACUCUGCACUUCUGAUAAAUGUUGUUGAAGAGCUGUUUGUAUUCGCUCCACUAAUGCCAGUAACUGGAGGUGAUCAAACGUUAAAAGAAAUUGCCAGGAUUUUAACAUUUAUUCAUACUGCUUGCCCAGGCUUAGUGUAUGUGGAAUAUUUACUGGCAAAGACAAAGUAUUUGUCUAUGGAAACUGAAUCAACAGAGUUGCUAUUACAAGCCUGCUUGACAAAAGAUUCAAAUCUACCUGAAGCUCAUCUUUUAAUGGCACAGAUUAAAAUUCAAAAAGGUGAUUAUGCCGAUGCUGAGAAGUGUCUUUCACUUGGUCUUAGCUUCAAUUUUAAUAUGCAGUAUCACCCGUUGUAUCAGCUAAUAAAAGCAAAGAUCCAAAAAAAUGCUCAGCAGUAUGAAGCUUCUGUUGAAACACUUCGAAGCGCGCUGAAAAUGGAAUCUUUUGUAUCCGACGGUGUUUUAAAACGUGGAAAAUUGGAUGUUACCGAUACCGACCGCAUCUCUAUCUAUCUUGAGCUGAUUGAUUCACUGCAAAAACUUGGGAGACUGGCUGAAGCUAAUAAUCAUUUAAUGGAAGCCACAAAUCGCUGGAACAAUAAGCUUGAGGGACAACAACUAAUGUUAAUGGAUGCAAAAUUGCGGCUACAGCAACACGACGUCGACGGAGCUUUGAGCAUUCUGAUCAAAAUUCCACCAGAUCAGCAAAAUUAUUCUAUUGCUCGCAUGCAGAUGGCUGAUAUUUAUCUUAAUUACAAAAAAGAUAAAAAGAAAUUUGUUGAAUGUUACAGGCAAUUGAUCGAAAUUGAUCAGUCUUCAGCAACCUAUGUCCUACUUGGUGAUGCCUAUAUGAACAUACAGGAACCGGUAAAAGCUAUCGAAGUGUACGAAACAGCGCUGAAAUUGAAUCCAAGAGAUGACAUUUUGGCUGAAAAAAUUGGUGAAGCUUAUAUCCUUUGUCACCUUUAUUCAAAAGCAGUAAAUUACUAUGAAACAGCUUUGAAAAGUGGUCGACGAGAGAAGAUGAGAAUUCGUUUAGCAAAGCUUUUGAUACAGUUGAAAAACUACACUAAAUGUGAAAAAAUAUUACGACAAGUGUUAACAGACAGUAAUGAAAUCAAUGACGUAACAAAAAUGACCGCCAAUGUUGAAUUUCGAAUGCUAUUGGCAACAGUACUCAUCGAACUAGGAAAGGUUACGGAAGCUAUAACGGAAUUGAAUAAGGCAAACAUCACGCAAAAACGCAUAAUUGAAAAACCUUCUGGAGAACUGAUUGAUAUGGACGAACAGAAGAGUAUUGCAGCUAAGAUUCUUUCGGAGCUUGCUAGUUUGCAUCUUAGUCAACGAGAAGUUCGUAAAGCUGUUGAACUGUAUGAAGAAUCUAUAGCUUUGUCUACUAGGAAUAUUAGGGCGAUGCUUUCACUGGCAUCGCUGUACAAGGCUCUUGGUAGGACUGCUAACUGUCGUAAACAGUGCGAAAACAUUUUGGAUAUUGAGCCAUCUAACACUGAAGCUAUGCUGCUGUUGGCCGAUUUAUCGUAUGAAAAAAAUGAAGGUGAUAUUGCCACUGAACGUUUUGCUCAGAUUCUUGAACAAGAUCCAAAUCAAUAUCACGUACUUUGCCGCUACAUAGAACUGAGAUGGAGACGAGGUGACGUCAAAAAUGCACAAAAAUUUUUAAAAGCUGCUUUGGAAGCAAAUCCACGUGCCACAACUCAUGCCGGUUUUAAUUACUGCAAAGGACUCUAUCAUUCAUACAUAGAUGAUCCAAAUGGAGCAUUACAGGCUUUUAAUAGGGCUCGACGAGAUUUAGAAUGGGGAGAAAGGGCUACCUACAACAUGAUAGGAAUAUGUCUGAAUCCAGAUAAUGAAUUUAUUAGCGGAGAUAGUGUUGAAAACAGUACCGGCGGAGAAAUUAGUAAAAUCAACAGUCAGGACGUUCGACGAGAAAUGGGAGAACGUUUUUUGAAGGAUCUUCAAGUUCGUCCUACACUCGAUCCAAAUUACAAAAUAGUGGAACAGUUUAUCAUGCUACAGCAUAAUGAUCGUAACGUUAUACAGCAAGCAUUAAAAAAUUUUUUGGAGAUUGCUGGACCUGAAAAUGGAGAAGUUCAAAGUGUACCAGCGUUGUAUGGUAGUGCAAAAGCAUAUGCAAUUUUAAAACAAACACAUAAAGCAAAAGCACAACUGAAAAAGGUUUUAGAUCGAAAUUGGACAAUUGCUGAAGCUGAUGUUCUUGAAAAAUGUUGGGUAAUGCUUGCCGAUAUAUAUAUUGCACAAAAUAAAACGGAUCAAGCCACUAGUGUAUUACGUACUUUGUUAAGGUAUAAUGAAAGUUCCGUAAAAGGAUUUGAAUGUAUGGGUAAGGUUCACGAACAAGGACAACGUUGGUCUGAUGCAGCAGCAAAUUAUGAGAUGGCAUGGCAGUUGACUAAUCGACAACAGCCAGCGAUUGGUUUUAAAUUGGCGUUUUGCUAUUUGAAAGCAAAAAAACUAUUCGAUUGUAUCGAUGUUUGCCAUCAGGUUCUUGCAUCGUAUCCAAAUUACCCAACACUAAAGAAGAACAUAAUGGAUAAGGCUCGAUCGCUUAUUCGAAUAUAA